AUGAUAACAUUCCCAAUAUGGGGUGUUGGCCAUGAAAAUUCGGUCCCACUACGCUCGUGGGUGUUCCUGGAGCCAUUCAAUGGUGUUUUGUGUCAUUUGAGAAAACGUCCCGUGCCUUUAUCUAUAUUUAUCUCCCUACAUAGAGCCCGAUCCCUAAGAAGUAGCAGCAACGACUAUUUACUUGAGUCACUCACUGUGCUCAUUUGCGUCGCAAAACACCACUCGCUUCCUGUGGUUACUGGAGUUCCAGCUAUGGCUUGUAAUGUGUACUUCCUUCAUGGGAGAACUGGCUCUAUCACUUUUAACUACUGUGUCAUCCACAUCUUAGACCAGAGUCACGUGACUAGAAAAUUACCGUAUCUGCUCCGCCUAAAACCAUCCUUUGAACCACUUCUGACGCUUCGACAAGUAAUUCCAUAUCCAAUGGUUCUCAUUUCUGAAACCAAGAAUAUUCAAACUAGUCUAUCAACGUCCGUUAAGUGGUAUUCUCUCAUAAGUAAAAAACUUCGAAAAUAA